AAUUUGUUUAAAAAUGUCAUACCUAACAAGUUUAAUAACGGUCGCGAGCUGUCAAAAGUGACAGCUUUCAAAACUUCAAAGCAGGUUCGAGGACAUUUAUAACAACUCCGGCGAGAGGAAUCAAAACUCUGGGAUGUGUCGCCGAGCAGUACGCGAGUGGCUGGUGCUGCUGACCAUGGAGAAGUACAUCGGCAAGUUCCUGGAGAGGGGCUAUGACAGCAUUGCGAACUGUAAGCUCAUUGUGGCCAGCGAUCUCGUCAUGCUGGGAGUGGAUGAUGCCACGCACCGGAAGCUCUUGCUCGAUGGAGUGCAGUUCCUGAUCAACGCGCCCGAAAGAUUCAUCUGCACGGAGCCCUGCGAGCUUCAUCACCAUCCCGAGUUGAACAUGGAUCAUAAUGCUGUUUCCUCAAAGUGCUUAAAAAACUAUAAUUUCCUGGAAUCCCCAGCUAGCGAGGACGAUAACCCUCUCUUUGGGCCUAUGGACUCACCAAAGGCGGCCAGAAGAGCUUUAGAUCACGAAUUCGACGAUUUGGAUUUGGGGGAAGACUUCCAUCUGCCCUUGGAUAGUAUCACCUUUGAAAAAUUAUCCGACGAGGAUGAUCCGCUUCCUGUAAUUAUGUCGGAUUAACACAGCCCAAUUGUAAUAUUAAGCUUUAUAUUUAAAAUUGGUCACGAGAUAGUUCGAUGUUUGUUAAUAAGUUGCCAAAACCAAUAAAAUGAUUAUGACCAAAAAUGUACCUUCAAAUGAGCUAUAAGACACACGGACUUCAAUUUAAUACAACCAACUCAAGCUUUAAUAAUCUUUACAUAUGUAUAAGAACCAAUAAAACAGUGGAAACCACUCGGCA